AAGAGUGAAUUUUUAAUUUUCUUUUCCCGAGUGUAAAGACUCGCUGAGUCAACUCACUAAAUUCCACGAUUCCAUAAAAUUUUAGCCAACUCGUAACAUUCUCAUCCACGACAGAAAAAUAAAAAAUAAAAUACACAAUUACAAUAAAACAUAUUUGAUUCUUUUAUUUCCAAUUAUUAUACUAGUAAUUAUUAUUCAUAGUAUACUGUAAAGAAAAUAAUAUGCAUGAGAAUUUACAACUAAAGCAAAAAAUAAAAAGUAAAAAAUAAAAAAUCGGCAUAACGCGGCCGGGUCGAGUUGAGAGUCUCACCCAGCCAUUCACUAGCGACUCGCGAUUCCGAAGCGAUUUUCCUUUGCCGCCGAACGCCCAACGAUUCCGCCGCCGGCUAGGGAUUUCUCCGCCGGUGGUUCAACUUCGAUCUUGGUCCUCUUCCUUUCGUUAAGAGACAGAGAAAGAAGACUGUAGAAUCUCUUCAAGCUGGAAUGGCCUUUGUAUCGGGUGUUUUCUAGAGCUCAUAGGUGCAUAAAGAUUGAAUUUCCUAGGUUCUGGUAAGCGGUUCUUUGUGAGAAGGUAGUUAGCAUGUAGCAGAGUUCUUCUGACAUGGAGUGUAGACAGAAGUUCCAAAUCUUCUUAGUAUGAGAAGGGAAGACAUCAAGCUGCAUGUCUUAUUUCUUAGUCUCAGUAUAACUUUCUGGCUUUCUCUUAAUUCAACAUUUACUCACGAAGUUUUGAUUCAGUUUAAUCUUAUAGGGAAGUCUCUCAGAUUACUUGACAUGUUGUAGUUUUGAAGUUUUAUGUGCCUUGUAUUCAGCAUCAAUGCAUAUAUGAGUGGAAUUAUAAUGGCUCUGCUUUGGAUGUAAUGGCUCCAAUACGCUCCACUGGAUUUGUUGAUCCUGGUUGGGAUCAUGGCAUUGCUCAAGAUGAGCGGAAAAAGAAGGUUAGAUGCAAUUACUGUGGGAAAAUAGUUAGUGGUGGGAUAUACAGAUUAAAGCAGCAUUUAGCCCGAGUUUCUGGUGAAGUAACAUACUGUGAAAAGGCUCCUGAUGAAGUCUACCUGAAAAUGAAAGAAAAUCUUGAAGGCUGCCGUUCCCAUAAGAAACAAAAACAAGUUGACACACAAGCAUAUAUGAAUUUUCACUCUAAUGAUGAUGAAGAUGAAGAAGAGCAAGUUGGGUGUAGAAGCAAAGGGAAGCAAUUGAUGGAUGAUCGAAAUGUAUCUGUAAAUUUGACUCCUCUUCGCUCCUUAGGAUAUGUUGACCCAGGGUGGGAGCAUGGUGUUGCUCAGGACGAGAGAAAGAAGAAAGUCAAAUGCAAUUACUGUGAGAAAAUUGUCAGUGGAGGUAUUAAUCGGUUUAAACAACAUUUGGCUAGAAUUCCUGGAGAGGUAGCACCUUGUAAAAGUGCUCCAGAAGAUGUUUAUCUGAAAAUAAAAGAGAACAUGAAAUGGCAUCGUACUGGGAGGAGACUUAGGAGGCCUGAGAUUAAGGAAUUGAUGCCUUUCUAUGCAAAGUCCGAUAAUGAUGAUGAUGAGUGUGAGCUAGUAGAAGAUUUGCAUCAUAUGAACAAGGAAACUUUGAUGGAUGUUGAUAAGAGAUUCUCUAAAGAUAUAAUGAAGACCUACAAGGGAGUGUCACAUAGUACUGGUCCUGAACCAGUAUUGAGAAGAUCAAGAUUGGAUAAUGUUUACCUGAAACUACCCAAGAAUCAGACUCCUCAAGCUUACAAACAAGUAAAAGUUAAGACAGGGCCCACUAAGAAAUUACGCAAGGAAGUUAUUUCUUCAAUUUGCAAGUUCUUUUACCAUGCAGGGAUUCCUAUACAGGCUGCAGACUCCCUAUAUUUUCAUAAAAUGCUGGAAGUGGUUGGUCAAUAUGGACAAGGACUGGUGUGCCCAGCAAGCCAACUUAUGUCUGGUCGCUUUUUGCAGGAGGAAAUCAAUUCUAUUAAAAAUUACCUUGUUGAAUAUAAGGCUUCCUGGGCAAUCACUGGUUGCUCUAUAAUGGCAGAUAGUUGGAUAGAUACACAGGGUAGGACAAUUAUUAACUUUCUUGUUUCUUGUCCUCAUGGUGUAUACUUUGUUUCUUCGGUUGAUGCCACUAAUGUAGUGGAAGAUGCACCAAAUUUAUUCAAGCUUCUGGACAAAAUAGUGGAAGAAGUAGGUGAGGAAAAUGUAGUGCAGGUAAUCACUGAAAAUACUCCCAACUAUAAGGCUGCUGGAAAAAUGCUUGAAGAGAAGAGAAGGAAUUUAUUCUGGACCCCUAGUGCCACUUAUUGUAUUAAUUGUAUGCUUGAAGAUUUUAUGAAAAUAAGAUGUGUGGAAGAGUGCAUGGAAAAGGGCCAGAAAAUUACCAAACUAAUAUACAAUCAAAUAUGGUUGUUAAAUCUUAUGAAAAGUGAAUUUACCCGGGGCCAGGAGCUUCUAAAACCAGCUGCCACCCAGUUUGCCUCUAGCUUUGCUACACUACUGAGCUUGCUGGAUCAUCGAGUUGCUCUCAGAAGAAUGUUUCUUUCCAACAAAUGGAUUUCAUCCAGAUUUUCCAGCUCAAAUGAGGGGAAAGAGGUGGAAAAAAUAGUUUUGAAUGUCACAUUUUGGAAGAAGAUUCAGCAUGUUAGGAAGUCAAUAGAUCCCAUAAUGCAAGUACUUCAAAAGCUUUAUAGUGGUGAGAGCUUGUCAAUGCCAUAUCUAUAUAACGAUAUGUACAGGGCAAAACUUGCAAUCAAAUCUGUUCAUGGUGACGAUGCACGUAAAUAUGAACCAUUCUGGAAGGUCAUAGACAGUCAUUGGAAUUCUCUGUUCUGUCACCCUCUUUACUUGGCUGCAUACUUCUUAAAUCCAUCAUACCGAUAUCGUCAGGAUUUUGUGGCGCAUUCUGAGGUAGUACGAGGACUCAAUGAAUGCAUUGUCCGGCUGGAGCCUGAUAAUAUGAGACGGAUAUCCGCAUCAAUGCAGAUUGCUCAUUAUAAUGCUGCACAAGACGACUUUGGAACUGAAUUGGCAAUUAGCACAAGAACAGGUCUAGAACCUGCUGCUUGGUGGCAACAGCACGGAAUAAGUUGCUUAGAGUUGCAAAGAAUAAGUGUACGCAUAUUAAGUCAAACAUGCUCGUCCUUUGCAUGUGAGCAUGAUUGGAGUAUAUAUGAUCAGAUACGUUGCAAAAGACAAAAUCGUCUAUCUCAGAAGAAAUUGAAUGACAUUAUAUAUGUCCACUACAACUUGCGACUUAGAGAAUGCCAAUUAAGAAAAAGGUCCAGGGACUCGAAGUUGUCCUCUGUUGACAGUGUUCUGCAAGAGCAUUUACUCGAUGAUUGGAUAGUAGAUACUAAUGUGCAAAACUUUGAUGUUGAUAAGAAUUUCCUAUUUGGAGUUGAACUAGAUGAUGAAUAUGAAAACGAUUCAAUUGAUUAUGAAGAUGGAGCUGCAAGGCAUCUAAAGGGAUCCCUUGAGCUGGUGACUAUGGCUGAUGUAGCAGUAGGAUCACCAGAUGUAGAUCAUGCUAACAUUGAUGCUGACACUGAUGAUGAGUCUGAUCUGAAUUAUUUUGAUGAUGAUUUGAGCGAGUAA